AGACUACUAUCCAUCUCGAACGCGUCCAAGACGUCGCAAUAGUCAUCAUCGUCUUGGCCUGCGAGUGUUUCUGAAAGACGUCGUUGUCAACUUGUCAAUCCCGGGCCCGGCCACUGUUGUUGCGCGUGCCAUCCGCAGAGCCGCGCAGAUGCUAGACAUUGCCGGCCCAUGACGGACCUGCUGCAGGUGCUGCCUGACUUCAAUGCGAGACCAUACACGCAUCUACUGCCUUCGCUCGACAAGGCCCUGAUUACUACCAACGACCUGCUCACCCUCGAGGCUGCUGAUGUUGCCAAACGCGCGCAGCUGCCGGCUGGGGAGCUGAGGAAGCUUACGGAUGCCCUUGUAUCUGCGCUCCACCGCUCGCUCGGCUUCGGGGGAGAGGAAGCAGCCGGCAAUUCCUUCUUAGCUGGAUUGGGAAGUCCAGAGGCCUCGAAUAGCGAAUGGGGCUGUAUAAGCACCUUGGAUGAAGAGCUUGACGCUGCUUUGGGCGGCGGUGUUCCUCGUGGCUACCUGGUCGAGGUCACUGGCGAGAGCUACUCCUUACCCUUCUGUUGGCUGCUCAACUGCCUCCUCCGCACGGCCUGGCCAAAUCAGCAGUCUACAUCUCUACCGAGGCCGUACUCGCAACCACUCGCCUAGCCCAACUGCUAUCCUCCCAUCCGGCGCUUGCCUCAUUACCGCCCGAGGAACAGCCCUCGUUGUCGCGUAUCCUAAGCAUUCAGACCCCAGACCUUGAGUCUCAGGAACACAUCUUGCG